AUCUGCAUUCCUCGCAAGCACCGGAAGAUUGGAAACCCUGUGAGGUCACAAUAAUUAAAGCAAACGAUGUGGCCCCAACUGAUAAUGCAACUACAAGCCUGAAAUAAAUUGUCAUGUCCAGGUGUGACAACCGACCUGUGUGAGGUCAUUUACUACACCUCAAAGAAGACAUCAUCAUCAAAAAGCCGUAGUUUGUAGAACGCAGAAAUUGUGACUGAUUAUUGACGGUGUCUGUGGUGUGAAAAGAUCAUCAAACAUUCUAGAGCUCUAAGACUCCAGCAGAGAUGAAGGAGUUACCCACAUUGCAGGAGUCUUCUGAUGCAGUCAAGUUAGGUGCAGGUCUCGAGCUGUGUCAUCAUACAGCUGAAGACUGCAGGCAGAUGGAGCAUUCCUUGCCAAGUUGUGUCAUGGAAGCUGUGAAGAUUGAGCCUCGUGAUGAGCAGCAAUCAAACUGUGACUCGGGGCUCCCAGCUGGCUUCCUUGAAGUGGAGAAAGAGGAACCUUUCUUCAUGGAAGAAGACAGUGCUACAGUUGCUGACUUCAAACCGUUCCAAAUUCCAUUCCUGGGCUUGGAUUCUCUCAAGGCAGAGCCUGUUAAAAAUUCCCUGAAGUGUCAGGAGGCAGAAAACGUGCUCUUGAGCGUGUUGCCUCUAUCUAAUGCUGCAUCUUUCUUAAAGAAUCCAGUCAAAUUAGCUAAAUGCAUUGGAGAGUCUGCAUAUGGCAAAUUCCCAAAUAUGAAAGUGCGCACCAAUACAAGAAGGAAUCUGAUGACCACUGAGUUUGCAAACAUCUCUGCUGCUGACCUGUAA